GUUAUCUUGUGUGUGGACGAUUUCCAUAAACUUGAUCUGGGUUGCCUUUCUUACUUUAUAGAAUUGGAACUUGUUCCUUUUGUAACUCUUGAGGUUCACUGUAUCUAGAUGCUCUACUAGUGUAAUGUAGUAAUGCUGAUUUUUGACUUGGAGUAUGCAUCGUGUCAACAAUAAACUAUAUUGUUGUGCCUCUGAAACUACUGCUUAGGACUUUUCAUGGUGUAUUUCCAGUAAAUAAUAACCUAGCUAUUUUAUUGUAAUUUUUUACCAUGCUAUGUUUUUGUCUUCCUGUUGCCAUUAUCAUUUUUCGGACUUUAUAUGAGUUUUAGUAUUAUUUUCAGUGGCUUCUAUUAUUGAUCCAUUCUGUUAAAAUUAUUGUAUAUAGUCCUCUCUGAAUGCUUUUAUCUGCAGAUAUUGUGUCAUGAGAUUAAGAAUUUAAGUCUAGGAUAAGAUCUUCUGUAUUAACAAAUUUUAGCAUGAAUCCAUUUGUCUGCAACUGAAUCAUAAUUGUUGAAUCACUUCUGAAUUACUCUGAAAUUUCUGUACUGAUAUUCAAAUCCUAGACUGUCUCAGUUUCUUUUGCUAGUGUAUUGCUACGUCAACCCUUCCCUUCCACUUUCUGAUUCUUUCUGUAUCCCGUAAAUGAAUUUCAACUGUGGUCCAGACACUUAUUCUGCUGAAGAUUGCUGCAUUCCCACCAUGCUCAAGCAAAUUCUAAGCAAACUUCCUCGGAAGUCACCAAAAUCUGACCCACUAGAUUCAGCUGAGACUAAUUCUGGCAACAAUGUAAUUCAAUGUACAAACGGAGGGAAUAGUCUUUCAACUCGACUGAGUGUUGUUAAACGAGUCUCUUCAGCUGUUUUUCCUGCAAGCAUCAUGGCUGGAGUGGAAGCUGUGGAGCCUCACCUAUCCUUCAAAGAUGUGUCAAAUCAGCAAAAGCAGAACCUAUUUGUCAGUAAGUUGAAUCUUUGCUGUGAGGUUUCUGAUUUCAGCGAUCCUGAGAAGAAUAAUGCUCAGCAAGAUCUUAAACGACAGACACUGAUAGAACUUGCUGAUUUUGUUUCUUCUGGAUCUGCAAAAUUCAGUGAACCAGCAAUUUCUGCAAUGUGUAGAAUGUGUGCAAUUAACCUGUUUAGGGUUUUUCCACCCAAGUGUCGUUCUAAUGGUACUGGUGGUGAAGCUGAAGAUGAAGAACCUAUGUUUGAUCCUGCUUGGUCACAUUUGCAAAUUGUGUAUGAUCUACUCCUGCGGUUUACCAGUUAUAGUUCUCUUGAUGUGAAGGUGGCAAAAAAGUAUGUAGAUCAUUCAUUUAUUUUGAGAUUACUUGAGCUCUUUGAUUCGGAGGACCCAAGAGAAAGGGACUGUUUGAAAACAAUUUUGCACAGAACUUAUGGGAAAUUCAUGGUACACCGGCAUUUUAUUCGACAAGCUGUUAGCAAUAUCAUAUAUCGUUUUGUUUUUGAAACUGAACGGCAUAAUGGAAUUGCCGAGCUGUUAGAAAUAUUUGGGAGUAUUAUUAGUGGGUUUGCAUUGCCACUGAAGGAAGAACACAGAAUAUUCUUAUGCAGAGCUUUGAUUCCUCUACACAAGCCAAAAUCAGUGGGUAUUUAUCAUCAACAAUUAACAUAUUGUGUUGUACAGUUUAUAGAUAAGGAUCCAAAGUUGGCAACUACUGUGAUUAAGGGACUGUUGAAGUACUGGCCAGUAACAAAUAGCCAGAAAGAGUUGAUGUUUAUAAGUGAGUUGGAAGAGGUUUUGGAGAUGACUAGCAUGACCGAGUUCCAGAAGAUAAUGGUCCCACUUUUUCGGCGCAUAGGAUGCUGCCUCAAUAGCUCCCAUUACCAGGUAGCUGAACGGGCUCACUUGCUGUUGAACAAUGAACACGUCCUUAAUCUUGUUAAACAAAACCGCCAAGUCAUUGUGCCUCUUGUCUUCUCGGCUCUUGAACGGAAUGCCCAGAAUCACUGGAACCAAGCAGUACUUAAUCUGACACAAAAUGUAAGGAAAAUGUUCUGUGAAAUGGAUGAAGAGCUAGUUCUUGCUUGCCAACAUAAAGUAGAGGAGGAAAAUUCCCUAUUAAUUGUGGAAGCUGAGAAGCGCAAAUUGACUUGGCAACGCCUGGAAACUGCGGCUGGCUUCCAACCCUCUGCUGAUUAUAUUAUGACUCCCAUGAAGCCUGCCAUAUGCUCUGUCGCAUGCUAAUUGCUUGAGCAUGUUAUUUGGAAAAGAAAAGAAACAUACUACAUCAGCUCGAUUGCCGAAACAGAAGUUGGUUGUUGAAUUUGGGCAGGUUUAGGAUGCAAAUAGGGUUUGUAUCUAUACUAAGAUGUUGUGUGGAGCAGUAAUGCUGCUGUGAUAAAGGUUUAUUUGACAUUUGGGUGUCUAGUCGGAAGAGCCCUUUUGCUUGCAGUUGUGUAUUGACGUCUCCUUAUAUCAUUGUCAAAGGCUGUUUGUUUUGCCCAGAAUUUAUUCUUGUAAGAAUUGUAUUUUCUUUUCUGGUUAAGAAUAUGAAGAUCCUGGUUUCGACACCAGAAUACUAUAGGAUGUGCAUUUGAGGCUAGUCUUGUAUUAAAGUCUAAAUGUGAUCGCCAUAGCUACUUGGUGGUGGUAUUUUGGGACAAUGGUACUGCUGAGUUUUUCAUCCUAACAAUCAAAUUCAAUCUGCACCAAUCAGUCAUUUUAAGAAAAAAAAGUUAUAAUAAAAUUAGUCAUUAGCUCGUCUUGUAACGUCCGGA